UUUAGGUGCGAUGUACAUAAUUGUAAACAGUGUGGAACAUCCUGUCCUCCGCCGUGCAUCAAUUAGCUCUAGGAAGAUUAAUUAAUUUCUGAAAAAAAAUGCUCAAGAAAACGGGAACGGUUCCCUUCCUCCUAGGUCCAGGAUUAGGCCUGGCAAUCUUCCCGUUUUUAACCGUGGUUAUAAUUCUAAACGAAAUUGUGCGUUUCUUGCUCGCACAAUUACUCCGUCUUGUCUAUGGUGACAAGCUGGAGCUAGUUUCUGAAGGGGCAGACGGUUUUUGGGGGUAUAAAAAGAAUGGGUGCUCGAGAAAUGUGGUCACUUAUGUCGUAACGCCGACAGGAUGUCUCGAUCGGGACAAGAUUGUCAACUUUUACAGAGAAAGUAUUCAAAACUAUCGCGACGAGAAGGAUGGCACGCGACCAUACAAAAAAUUUGAGAAAGUCAUGACCACCUCGUUUGGCUACGUCUGUUGGAAAAGGGCUGGUCGCUUCAACGUUAAUGAGCACGUUCGAGUCCUCAAUGAGGAGAAAGUGUUCAGCUCGGGAGAUUUGCAGGAACUGCUGACUGAAGAUUUUUCCAAAGACAUGGAUGAAACUAGGCCACAGUGGGAAAUUGUGCUAUUUCCGAGAUAUGAUGAUGGAUCCGGCGAGGAGAAAUCGAUUCUCCUUUGUCGUUUUCUCCACGCUUACAUGGACGGACUUUCUUUCAUGAUGUUGUUCAAGGAACACAUAACUCCCGACAUGGAAUACACCAUCGAUCCCCUCAGCUUCAGAAUCCCUCUCUGGAAAAAAGCCCUCUUUUACCUCAACACCUUCAUCUACGGUCCAUUCUUCUUAACGACGAUGACCCUGGAACGGUUCUUCAUCAAACCGUGGGUCCUCCGAGAUACGGACAGACCUCGGAAAAAGUUUUACACAUGGGCAAAGUCAAGACCCAUCAGUGACGGAACUAUUCGAAAAAUCAGGAUGCAUUCUAACCUCAAGGCUUCCGUUACGAACGUCUUGUCCGUCGCAUUUGUCACCGCGGCAGCUAAAACGCUAUCCCCGGAGAGGUUAGUCGACGAAAUGCUGAUAAGUGAGCUCGUGGCUUAUCUUCCGUAUAAAGAUUCCAAACCACAAAACCGUUUCGCGUAUUUUACCUUUCCCAUCCCCACGGUGGGAGGGGACGACGUUUACAAAAAGUUGAGAAACUGCAAGAGAGAAAGUUUCAAAAGUAUGGUGGGCCCCGACGUGCUUGGAACGUAUUUCUUUUUUAAAUUGGCAGGACGAUUCCCUGCGUUCUUGUCCCCAUUGUGGCUGACACAUGCGACGAGUUCCGUCCUCUUGAGUAAUGCACCCUUCUCGAAGAGAAAAGUUUGCUUUCGGGAUGGAACACCGAUCUUAGAAAUGGCUGGAUUUACACCGCAGCCGAACGACAUGGGAUUAUCCGUUACAACGACGCGAUAUGGGGACGAAGUGAAAGUUUUUGCGUGUGCAGAUUCCACAUGGCUUUCGCAAGAAGAGUUGAUCUCGUUAAUUGAUCAAAUUCCUAUCGAAAUUGAAAACAUGUCCAGAGCGAUUGACACUCAGAACGGUACCGUCAGUCCGAAUGUAGAGAAAGACUCAAAUUUCAGACGAUCCCUCCAAGAAGGAGACGAUAGCGAGGACGAAAUUGAAAAUAAUGAAGAUAACGUUCAUCUUGACGAUAACGUGGAAAAGCGCAUUUCGAUAAGCGAGACGGAAACGUUGCCUGUGUUUCGUUCUCGCUGAUGGGGAAAUUGAGACGACAUUUUUUUUUGGAGAGUAGGUAAUAAAAAUCCAAGUACUGUAAACAUCUAUAAA